AUGGGGUUGGACAUCUCCGACAGAUUAACUCCAAGCAAAGCUUCGUUCUACGGUAUCGUUCCGGGCAACACUUCUACACCAAUCGGGACCGUCGUACUACCAGUUACCUUCGGCACCCAGGCAACUACAGAACAGAGCUCAUCAAGACGACCAGCUCUGGCUAAAUUUAUGGCCGUCCCACACUACGUCUACCUGCUACUCAAGAUGCCAGGGAAAACAGGGGUUCUCUCACUUCGUUGUGAUCUCCUGAUGUCAUUUGAGUGCGAAAAGGAAGCUAUCACCUACGCCUCCACCAAUCGACUGCCGGAUACUUCAGAAGAAUUACUCGCGGCAGCAAAACAACUCUCCGCUUCAGGGAUGGAGAUCCCCACAAAGAAGGCGAAUAACUCUGCUCCAAAACCACCUGACAAUGUGGGUGUAAAGGCAAUCCAACUUGUGGAAGGCGACUCAUCCAAGACUGCCCUAAUUGGCACAGGGCUCAUUGACAAAUAG